AUGCCCGACAGCUCCUCCGUGUCCAAAGCUGCUAAUGACAUGCUGUUAUCCAGCAGCUCAUUGUCACUCCCACUGAACGAGACCAGAUCACUCGCGCUAGCAGAGGGACGCUGGUCAGGCUGGGUGAGAACGGGGGAAGCCUCUCAGUGUGGAGAGAGCGAGGUACGCAAGGGUCCUUGGAAGAAGAAAACGGGAGGCCCGAGGGGCGGAGUCGCUUUCAGAAAAGAAAGCUAUCUGCGAGAGCAGAGAGGCGAGACUCGUGCUCUCGCAGUGGGAGCAAUUCGUCUCGAACCUUCAGCCGAGGUGGCACUUCCUCCUACCGAGAGGAAUAUGUCUCCAGCACCCAAGAGAAGCAAACCAUCAUCAGAUGAGCAGAUGCCUUCAGGAGCCAGUGCUAUCAGGCCGCCUUGCAAAGGUAAAACUGCCCAGAAGAAAACUCCCUGGCAGCAGACAGAGGUGCAGGCGGUGGAAAGGCACCUGAAGCCAUUCAUCAUAUCUGGCACUGUACCAGCAAAGAGUGACUGUGAGAAAUGCUUGAAAGCUGAACCAGAAGCUCUGAGGAACCGCAAUUGGAAGACCGUAAAAUUUUACGUUUAUAAUCGCAUUACAGCUUACAAAAAGAAAUUGCAGUGCAGAUAA